AGGAAAGAAUCACACAAAUCUCACAAUUCACAAAUCACAAAUCACAAAUCACAGAGAUCCAUCUUCCAUCAAAAUCUGCUGAACAAUGAAGAACCAAACCACAUCAUCACAAUCAACAACACCAACACCACCGCCAAAGCCAGCAACCACAGUGUUACCCUAUCAAACCCCAAGACUCAGAGACCAUUAUCUAAUAGGCAAGAAGCUAGGCCAAGGCCAAUUUGGUACAACAUACCAUUGUACCCACAAGUCCACAGGUGCUUUCUAUGCCUGCAAAUCCAUCCCAAAGCGCAAGCUUUUAUGCAGAGAAGACUAUGAAGAUGUUUGGAGAGAGAUUCAGAUCAUGCACCAUCUUUCAGAGCACCCAAAUGUGGUACAAAUCAAAGGGACUUAUGAGGACUCUUUGUUUGUUCACUUGGUUAUGGAGUUGUGUGGUGGAGGUGAGUUGUUUGAUAGGAUUGUGCAGAAGGGUCAGUAUAGUGAGAAAGAGGCUGCCAAGUUGAUUAAGACUAUUGUUGGGGUUGUGGAGGCUUGUCACUCUCUUGGGGUUAUGCAUAGAGAUCUCAAGCCGGAGAAUUUCUUGUUUGAUUCACCUGCUGAUGAUGCUAGCCUCAAAGCCACCGAUUUUGGCUUGUCUGUCUUCUAUAAGCCCGGACAAGCUUUUUGUGACGUAGUUGGAAGUCCCUAUUAUGUUGCACCUGAAGUGUUGCGAAAGAAUUACGGACCUGAAGCAGAUGUUUGGAGUGCUGGUGUUAUCCUUUACAUCUUAUUGAGUGGAGUUCCACCUUUUUGGGCAGAAUCUGAAACAGGAAUCUUCAGACAGAUUUUACAAGGCAAAAUAGAUUUUGAAUCGGCACCAUGGCCUAGUAUUUCAGAAAGUGCAAAAGAUUUGAUACGGAAAAUGCUUGAAAGGGACCCAAGAAAACGAAUUUCUGCCCAUGAAGUCCUGUGUCACCCAUGGAUUGUGGAUGACAGAGUUGCUCCAGAUAAACCUCUGGAUUCUGCAGUUUUAUCACGGCUGAAGCAGUUCUCAGCAAUGCAUAAACUUAAAAAGAUGGCUCUGCGUGUCAUAGCAGAAAGACUUUCAGAGGAAGAGAUUGGUGGUCUGAAAGAGUUGUUCAAUAUGAUUGACACAGACAAUAGUGGGACGAUAACAUUUGAGGAACUUAAAGAGGGUUUAAAAAGAGUGGGCUCUGAACUGAUGGAAUCUGAAAUCAAGUCUCUUAUGGACGCAGCUGAUAUAGACAAUAGUGGAUCAAUAGACUAUGGUGAAUUUCUUGCUGCUACUUUGCACAUGAAUAAGAUGGAGAGGGAGGAGAAUUUGGUUGCAGCCUUCUCCUUUUUUGACAAGGAUGGUAGUGGUUACAUCACCAGUGAUGAGCUUCAACAUGCUUGCAAAGAGUUUGGUCUAGGUGAUGUCCACCUGGAGGAGAUGAUCAAAGAAAUCGAUCAGGACAAUGAUGGCCGUAUAGAUUACGGGGAGUUUGCAGCAAUGAUGAGGAAGGGUGAUGGAGAAGUUGGGAGGAGUAGAACUAUGAGAAGCAAUUUGAACUUCAAUUUAGCUGAUGCCUUUGGAGUAAAUGACUCAACUGUUGACACUAAACAAAAGCAAUCCUCUGUAUAGUUACGAAAUAAGAAGGCAGUAGUCGCAGUUUAGAUCAUAAUUAUUCUCAGUUCUUGUUUUAGCCGGAACGAUGCGUACUUUUCUCUUAAUUGGGUUAUAGUCGUUUAUUUGUAAUGUUUUAGAACGACCAUGCCUCAUCUGUGUUGUGUAGUUUCAACUUUCAGCAGGAGUGAAGUUGAUGUUAACAGAAAAAGCAGCAGCUUUAAUGAAAUAGAUGUUCAGUGUAUGUGCUAACAUUAUAGAUUUUGUAGCCAUGGGGCUGCUGUUUUGACAUGGAACUUGAGGCAAUGAAGACUAAUGGCUAUUGUUAUAUCA